AUGCAGCGCGACUUCACCCCAAUCCACAAGCCCAUGGUAUCCUUCGGCUUCGAUCCCUCCGUGCCACUCACGCAAAAGCCCGUAUCCGCGAACUUCUCGCUACCUUCUCCGGCCAGUGUUGCCUUCUCUGGUAAGAAACGCUCUACUACAGUGCAGCCUCUCAAAUCCGCCUACAGCAGUGGUUACGUCCUCCACCAAGAUCCUGCCUUCAGGCGCGACGUACAAGAAUUCUUCGGCCGCGAAUGGCCUACGAGCGAAUCCAUCACAAAACACUACAGCCAGACCGACGUACCACCCGUCUACAAGGCCGCCGAAGACGAUCUUGCAGUUUGGAGGGCAGGCUCUAAGGCUGGAGGCGGGAUGAAAGACGGCGGUAAAGAGGGUAAUAUGGAGGACAGGGUCAAGAGUGUGGAGAGCGCGUCGCGAGAAAGCUUACUGGAGAGGCUGCGCUACAAGCUGUUUAACGGCUCACCUUAG